CCCAGCUAUGGUGAUCCAUGAAUAGCGGGGUCCAGACCUCCUGGGGCAUGUGGGCAGAACUAGCGGCAGCCAGGUGCGCAGAGCCACAAGGAUUCUAGGACGCUCUGGGGCAGCUCUGCCUGCUGCACUCUUUGGGGACCUUAGAGAUGCCCAACUGACAGAAGAAGCAGUGAGGACAAAACUCUCCCUUGUACCCAAGCCCGCUGCACCCAUGGCGCUUCUGGCCACUCUGUUGCCCCUGUGCUGUUUGGCACUUUUGGCAUUGCCUGCCCAGAGCUGUGGGCCAGGCCGGGGACCUGUUGGCCGGCGCCGCUAUGUGCGCAAGCAGCUUGUACCACUGCUCUACAAGCAAUUUGUGCCCAGCAUGCCCGAGCGAACCCUGGGCGCCAGCGGGCCAGCGGAGGGGAGGGUGACAAGAAGCUCGGAGCGUUUCCGGGACCUCGUACCCAACUACAACCCUGACAUCAUCUUCAAGGAUGAGGAGAACAGUGGUGCUGACCGCCUUAUGACAGAGCGUUGCAAGGAGCGGGUGAACGCGCUGGCCAUUGCGGUGAUGAACAUGUGGCCCGGAGUGCGCCUGCGGGUGACGGAGGGCUGGGAUGAGGACGGUCACCAUGCUCAGGAUUCUCUUCACUACGAAGGCCGUGCCUUAGACAUCACCACUUCUGACCGCGAUCGAAACAAGUAUGGUUUGCUGGCGCGCCUGGCAGUGGAAGCUGGCUUCGACUGGGUCUACUACGAGUCCCGCAACCACGUCCACGUGUCUGUCAAAGCUGAUAACUCCCUAGCGGUCCGCGCGGGUGGUUGCUUUCCGGGAAAUGCCACCGUGCGCCUGCGGAGCGGCGAGCGGAAAGGGCUUCGGGAACUGCAUCGUGGAGACUGGGUGCUGGCGGCGGAUGCGGCGGGUCGGGUGGUGCCCACGCCCGUGCUGCUCUUCCUGGACCGGGACUUACAACGCCGGGCCUCCUUCGUGGCAGUAGAGACGGAGCGACCUCCUCGCAAACUGUUGCUCACACCCUGGCACCUGGUCUUUGCAGCCCGGGGGCCGGCGCCGGCGCCGGGCGACUUUGCCCCGGUGUUUGCGCGCCGAUUGCGCGCUGGAGACUCAGUAUUGGCGCCCGGCGGGGACGCGCUGCGGCCGGCGCGCAUAGCCCGCGUGGCGCGGGAGGAAGCUGUGGGCGUGUUCGCGCCGCUCACGGCACACGGGACACUGCUGGUCAACGACGUCCUGGCCUCCUGUUAUGCCGUUCUGGAGAGUCACCAGUGGGCUCACAGAGCGUUUGCUCCUUUGCGCCUGCUGCAUGCACUGGGGGCGCUGCUCCCCGGCGGGGCAGUGCAGCCGACUGGCAUGCACUGGUACUCUCGCCUCCUCUAUCGCUUGGCAGAGGAGCUGCUGGGUUGAGUAUCCAGACGUUAAACC